UUUGUUUUGUACAGUCGAUCAACACUUUUGACAAACGCAUCAUUCCUUCGGGGAUAUUGAUAAGCUUGUAGUACAAGCUCGUUGUUUAAGAAUAAUAUCUCAUUAAGUACCAAAUUCAGAAGAUUUUCUGACAUAAAUAAGCAAGUAAUCAAAUGUGUUAAGCUAGCAUUUUUGUGGAGAAUUUACGUAUGCCCAUAAUGUCAAAGCUGAGCGACACCGUGUUAAAUGAAGCUACAGGUCAAGUUAUUAACGGUAUUCCCCCAGCUUUAAUAAAAAACUUCAAUGCGUACGAAAUAUUAGAACCUAAAAAAGUCCCUACAAGCCCCUCAAGUACUUCGAGUGAGAACUUGCUGAUCGAUUUCAAAACUCCAGCGGACGGGCCCCGGUUUAUCGAAAAAGAAGAAGAAGGCUUUACAAUAAUAGAUUUAUAUCAAAAUAUUUUUGUUUCCCCUGAACUUGUCUCCAAAAAAAGUACGACACAAACAAACGUUGAUUAUGAAGAUUUCUUACGUAAACUAGAAUCUGGGAACAAGAUUGAUUCGGGCAAACAUUCUCAAAAAAUAAGUUAUUCUCCAACGGCUAAACAAUUUGAAAUAAUUAAUCAUCCUGAAAUAGUUCGAGCUAAAGUCAACUCAUUGGAUUUUGAUUUUGCCCAUUUCGAUAAAAUUAAUCAACAGCAAUCGACAGUUACUGCAAAUGACAAUGAAACAGAACACAAACAAGAAACUGAAACAUACCAAGAAGAGUUGAUUGACGAAGUUCUUUUGGAUAGAUCGGUGGAAAAGAACAAAUUAGCAAAUCGCAAAAAUAAAGAAGACUUUAAAGAUGUAAGAGUGUUGAGCCCACCGAUAAUAUCAAACAAUAGAAACAGUCGACGUACAUUUUCAUCGCAGCAGAAUUCGUCUAAAACUCAAGAAUAUUUAAAAUAUUAUCCAAACAACCCACGUCGAAAUGAAGGUCCUUCAACAAAUUUUAAUGAAAAUUAUUUCAAACAACCUCCAUAUUCCCGUGUAGAAGCUUUUGGAAACGGUCAUUUUAACAAAAGUGAGUCUUGGAAGAAAACGACACCGACCAGAAAUUAUAAUGAUAACAGUUCUAAAAACUCAAGAGUCCCUUGUCCACCACAUUCCCAUGGUGGGAAUGGAGUAUGCUCAAAUGAAGAAUCAUGUAAUCCAGCACCAACUUUUACCCCUGAUAAGAAUGGACAUUACAACACUUUAUUUCAAUACCUUAAAAUGAGGGCCAGAGCAUACCGAAAACUCCUAAAAGAAAACGGCAUAGAGGACGAAGACGAAAACACUAAAUCCAAACCUUUUGUGUCUGACGUUAACGCUUUGAUCAAAUCAAAUGUGGACCCAGGUAAAAUGAUGAAAAUGCCCAUUGAAACAGUCACUAAAGACAAUAAGGAUUACGCUAAGAAUCGUAUACCAACUGAAGAAUAUAAAAAACGAGUGUAUACCAAAGGCCCCGAUGUCGACGAGAAACGUGUUGCUCUUCCGCAGCUAUUGAACAAAUUGAGUAUUCAAAAACAAGAGCGUGAAGCAAAAAGUAACGUCAAAAAACGUUUGAUUUUGCAUCCUGAGAGUGUAAACGAUACAGCAGACGGAAAUCAAGCGCCGAUGCCGGUAUUGGAGCCAACAGUUUUAAUGGAAGAUUGCAAUAAGGAGCGGCUGGUAUCGCUCAAAGUCAGACAGAAGCUAUCUGAACUUGUUCAAGGCGAUAUUUAAUUUAAUUAUAAUCAAUAUUUUGGUUGUUUCUAAUACCUACUUAAACACCAUUUAUUUUAUAAACUUAUUGAUAAUCUUCUUAAUGAAUUUAUAAAAAUAAUGUUUUAAAAGUAGCUGAUUAUUCUAGUAAUUUAGUUCUGUCGUUCUGUCGUAGAUAUAUCUUCCUUCUAGUGAGCUAUCGUUUUAAUUAAUUGGAUUAUUGACUAAGUAUUGUACCUAGGUACUUUUGUCACUGCAAAUGUUGGUAAAAUAACAGCAUAGAUUAUGCUGUAGUUACUUGUUUAUCCUUUUUACAUUUAUAGGGCUUAUAAUUUUGAUCUUAUUAUUUUAAAUUUUAAUAAUAUAAUAUUAUGAUCUUAUUAAUUUUCGACGGAACUGAUUCACUAUUCUAUUUUACAUAUUUUAUUCAAUGCAUUUAGUUUAUUGUUUUACAAUUAUGUAACACAUUAUUUAAUUUAACUUAACCUACUUUUUAUAUAAAAUUUUGUGAUAUAAGUAUGAUACUAAUGCCCAGAACAGACGGUGAAACGCAACUGCAACGAAACUGCAACUUUGUGAUGAUUCUGAUGAAUGAAACUAAAAAUGAAACUGAAAGUUUCAAACUGGUCGCGUCAUGUGUGGUCUCUCAACGGACGCUAUGGCAGAAACUUAGAUGCAACUCAAAAGUAACUAGCAGUUGCAGUUUCGUUGCAGUUGCGUUUCACCGUCUGUUCUGGGCCUAAAGGGUUUAGAGAGAAUCAGAUGCAACUCAAAACGUGUCUGCUCAUGAAAAUCCCAAACCCUAUCUUGUACUGACAUUAAAUAAGACUGAAACUGUAAUUGAAAUUUAAUAUUUUUGAGCAUUUAUUAACAUUUAAACAUAAAAAAAUUCUUAUUUGCUUGAGUUACAUUAUUUUAAACAUUUAUUAGGACCUAUCAUCUAUUAAAUGAGAAGAAAUAUAAUAUAAUAUCUGUUUAGUUGAGGUUUAUCCCCCAAAUAGCUUAUAUUCGUGAAU